AGUGUAAUACCGGCCUUAGCGACGUAAUUGUGACUCCCUUCUUAUUACGUCCAUGGUUUAAAAUCACGUAAUACUAUAGCAAUAGACUGUGGUAACUGUCGUCACACAUGGAUGUCUUUGCAGGAGGUGUGCUUCGUUUAUGUUCAUCUUUGGGAUCUUGUAAUGUGGCUCUGUGAUUUGAUAUAUGGAUUGUACGCGCGAAACUCAAUUUUAUCUAUUGUAGUCAUGUUAGAAUUUUGUGCAUGUCAUUGUUAUAUAUUGCGCUUAUUAUCAAAAACAUCGCCUAAUAUUUUGGGAACCUGUUAUGUUUCUCUUUUUUGAGAAGUGUACUGUAAUUUUUAAUUUUGUAAGUGUAAUUAAAGGUGUAUUUUGUUCAUGUAUAUCAAAACUGUAUCUCCAUCAUGGAUAAGUUGAUGGACCUAUUUGAAAAAGCUUUGGAGAAGAAACGAAAAGAAGAAGAAUCUGAAGAACCUUUUCAAGUCCGCUUGAAGAAGUGCCUUGAAAUGUGUAGAAGCUUGGAAGGUGUAAUAAGUAUGGUUGAGGCAAAGAGGGAUCUUCCAGAUCACAGCAUAGGCAGUGUUGCUGAGGCAUUGUCAUUUCUAAAGAAAUUUGAAGAUGAUAAGACUAGUCAUUUAUAUGCUACAGAUGUACCAAGUACCGCAGCUGUGAUUUGUGCAAAUGCCAUUAGAAAAAUUAUAUCUACAGAAGAUGAGGAGGAUUUAGUAUCAAACCAGAGAGAUGUAUUGAAUUCUGAAAAGAGGGAACAGUGUGAAUCACUGAUUACUAUAAUGAAAAAACUUGUGGGGAAGAGUAGAUUUAACAUUGCUGGUUUCCAGAAUGAUUUUAAUCAAGUUGACAACAUGCCACUGGAAGCACUGUGGUAUUUCAUGUCAGCAGCUCUAAUCCCACUGCCACUUUAUAUAUUAAGUCGGUCAAAUCAUAUGAACUUUGUGAAGAACUUUGCAUGUAGGCUUGUCCAGUUAAGCACUGUUGGUGGAGAUGAAAUCCAGAAAAGUGAAAGAUGUUCAGGAGAGCUGAAGACAACCGCUGGACAAACAACAAAAGAAAGAAACAGAAGAGUAAUAAUCACCUCAAGUGCUUUUGAAAUAGCGGUAUCCAGAACACAAGAGGUAGUUCGUGACAUGUUCAUUGCAUUGUUGACUUCCAGAUUCUGCCUAAGUGAAGGUAUUACUCCAACCAUAAAGGGAAAACAGAGUGCUGAAAUAUGUACUCAGAUUUUGGAUGCAAUCGCUCAACAGACAACGGCACUGUUGCUCCAACACGAAAAAGCAAGACUGCCAAAUGGAGACUUGUACCAAAUGUGUCUGACAGCACCACUUCGUUCACCACAGGCUGCAUUGGAACAGCAUGCAGCCGGCCAACUCAGGUCUCUUCUUUCAGCUCUUCCUGCACAUGAAUCUGCAGAGGACUUAGAAAUGGAUGAUGUGACAAUGGAUGUAGAGGGAAUAACAGAGGAAAGUGUACGGUUGAUGUACAGUGUAAUUAAACAACAACCAGACUGGACAGGUAGUACAGCUCCAAAAUCAUUAAGCAAAUUUUUAUCUGCAAUAGCUAAAGUUAUGAACCUGAAGGACAGUCUUGCAGUAGUGAAUGAAGCUAUUUUAGAUGUAAAAGUAAAUUGGCAGAUACUAUUGCUGUUUGUGUCUUCACUGUGUAAAGAUGUGGAUUUGGCCGCAGAUAAAAUCAAAGGACUCGUUCUGGACACCAUCCUUCGCAGUUUCUCUGAGACAAGUAAAUACUUAUUAGGUGCUGGACUGGUUAUAGCUCGACAAUGUUGUGCAUUAAGUUGUAAACAUUUCACAUCAUAUGCAGAGUGGUUUGGCCAAACAUUUGGGUCUGAAGCAGCCCAGGUAACACCAUCAACCACAUCUCAGCAAGCUUUUGAAUUUCUUAUGGGCUUUCUGGGAGAAAUAAUUCCUGUAGAACCAGCAUACUGCUUGAGAGUCCACAUCAAUAAGGUACCUUUAUCACCGCCAAACUGUAAAAUUUUACUUGGGGAUUACAUACAGUUAGCAAAAUCUAGACUCAGUGAACUCAAUGAGGUACCUACUAUUGGUCUCUUUGGGUUUGAAAUGUCAACAGAUCAAGAAAUAGCCUACGUGCUGUCCAGUUUUGAAGAAACAGGAGAAGUGAUGCAGACAGUUCUGAAUGCAGCAGUAUUUCGCAGCCGUCACUUUGAGGCAGAGUUCUUGCCUCGCCUUCUUACUCCUAGAGUGCUACCUCACCCUCCUGAUGUCCGCUGUCGAUUUAUAGAUCAAUUACGCUCAAAGGGAAAAAUACCCAGUACAGUUUAUAAGAAAUACCUGAGUGAUUGUGCAGCUCUGGAAGAUAACAACGUGCCCCAGGAAGUUCUAAGCACAGAAAAUGCCCCUGAACUAUUUGUUCAGUUACAAGAAGCACUAGAGGAUUUGGCCUCUUCUCUCUUAAUGCAAGCAACAGAUGUAGAAGCAGCAUGGUCAAAAAUUGCCCUGUGCUUAGAAAAUAUGGCUGCUGCAGAAGAAUUUAGGAAUGCAUCAAUGUGUUUAAAGGUCAUACAGUUAUAUUUAGAAGUUUUUGUUAACUGUAUGUGGGCAUGUUCAGAAGAUUCCAUGAAGAAGUGGCCCAAACAAUAUGUGUGCCUGCUACAAUCAUUUCCAGAUCUUUGGAAAUUACUAUGCAAUUCUGUUAUUCAGUGGUGCCUGAGUGAAGAACAACUUCCUGAUCAUAAGGUUCGAGCAGCAGCUGUUUUGUUGUAUCUAAUAGAAUCAUUUGGGCCAAGUUUUUCUAAGUUACCAGUAGAGGAAUCUGCAGAGUGCACAACAGUGGCACAAUAUGUUGCUGAUAGGAUCCCUCUCAGAGAUGCGAAAGACAUGAUACACUGCAUAAGGCUAGCUGAACAGUACAUGCGAUAUGCUGAAUUUACAUGGGAACUAAAGGCUGAUAUUGAUGAUGCAGCAACCAGUUUGUGUCUGUUGCAAGUGGUGCCCGCUGUUCUUGUAAAGAAAUUUUUAUUUGCGCAACAAAGACUGGACUCUGAAAAGUUGCCCCCCUUGUCAUGGAAACCUUCCAAGUUUUGGGCACAGUUCAUACAUAAUAAUCAGAUGACACUGAAUGAGUGGCUACAAGCAGAAGCUGACACGGCUACUGAAAGUGAAUCUGCAGGGUGUCGUCAGCAGAGGCUAAUAGCGAGGUGCUCUCCUCCGGACAAAGACACUCUUCCCAAUUUAUUCAACGCAGCAAUAACUUUCACUGAUGCAUCUCUGGAAUCUGAUCUUGUAUUAGUGUUAACUUAUGUCAUUGAAACAAAUGCAGCUAACAUUGGUUCAUCAUGGCUGUUGCAACAGUGGGCCAACCAAAAGCCCACAGAGGAUAAUCGCAUUUGCAGUAUUGUAACACGAUUACCUCCAUGGUUGAUCUUCACGUCUAACUAUUCUGUGACUCCAGGAAGGCAAAUAAUGCAAGACGUGGCAGCCUUCAUAACCAAACGUUUAGUGAAGAGCUUGUGUGACAGAGGAUUUCUUCCAAGCAUCUUCACAAGGCACAUACUCAUGGGCUUGUGUUCAGCAUGUCGCUCAUCUACAGAUAAAGCUGCUGAAUAUCUGUCUUACAUUAUAGGAUGUUGCCCAGCUUUUCAUGUGGCACUCAUGGUACAUGCGAGACAAGUCAGCCCUACCUUGCUGACAAAAUUUCCUGCUGAUGCAAAAGGGAAAUACACAUCAUUAAUGAACCUCAAAAGUUUAUUCUCCACCUUUUUACUUAACACAGGUUGUUGGGAAGUGCCAUCAGAAAGUAAAUUACAUGAAAUGAAGGUUGAUGAAUGGGAGAUUGGACUUGCAUUGUGGUAUAGAGGCAGUUUGUCAGACCAUCGCAGAUGUAAUACUGCAACCUGUUUACACCUUCCAAUUGGAAUUCUUAAAUGGGUAUUAUUGUUUGGUGUAUUAGAUGUAGGAGUUCACAUCUCAGAAGGCAAACUGCCAGUGGAUUUGAAUGGUCCAGAACCACACCUAGAGAUACAGUCAAAGUAUGGUCAUUUUAUUACAGAACUUGUAACACUGGUUGAACAGUCUCCAGCAGUACUUCAGGUGUUAGACAUGUGCUGGAAGGAGCAAACAAGAAAUCCUAUACAGUAUUUCCCACCACAUGUUCAGCAUUUGACAGCUGUAUCAGGUGUAGUGCUAUUUGCCCGAGAAUCUGUUUUGAGUCGCAUUUUGAAAAGCACUGAUACAGCUGGUUUGUUGUGCCGUGGACUGCUGUCUUGCCUACAGCGGUGGACGGCGGACGUGUUUACAUUUUCAACUGAUGCAGAAUUUAUUUGUAGACGAACAUUUGUUAAUCCAGUAGUGGUCUCAAGAGUUUCAGGGUUUACUCAUAAGUUAGUUACAAAAAUAUCCAAAAAGUACAAUAUCACUGUACCUGGUUCAUAUUUUUCACGUGUUAGAAAUCCUCAAGGUGAGACACUGUAAAUUAAGCACCUCCAAAAUAAAAGCAAGUUUAUUUUCUUAUGAA